CCCGCCCCUCCUUUCCCGCCGCGGGCGCGUGUCGCGGGACCGGGCUGGCGGCCCUGACCUCUGACCCCAUCCGAAUUAAGAGCUUUCCACGUCCAGGCGCGUCGUUGCUGUUCGAGCCAACAGCCCACCAUGUUCUCGGAGCAGGCGGCCCCCACGGCGCAGGGCUUGCUGGCCCCGCCGUCGGCCGAAGCCUCCACCUUCACCCGGGUGCCCGUCUCCACGUACGCAAACUGCUCGCAGCCCUUCAAGCUGGGCGAGCGCAGCUUCAGUCGCCAGUACGCUCACGUCUACGCCGCUCGCCUCAUCGAGAUGAGGCACAUCCUGGAGGAACGGGCGCGCCAGAAGUGGGGGAGUGGCGUCGCGCUGAGGAAGCUCUGCGAGCUGCAGACGGGGGAGAAGUGCUGUGUGGUGGGGACGCUCUUCAAAGCGAUGCAGCUGCAGCCCUCCAUCCUGCAGGAGAUCAGCGAGGAGCACAACCUUCUGCCUCAGCCCCCCCUGCCCAAAUACAUCCAUCCCUCGGACGAGCUGAUCCUAGAAGACGAGCUGCAGCGGAUCAAGCUGGAUGGAGCCAUCGAGGUGCAGAAGCUGGUGACAGGGACCAUCCUUGCCUUGUACGGCUCUGAGCAGGACGAUGGCAAGUUCCUGGUGGACGAGUACUGCUUUACUGACCUGCCGCGGCCGCUGCCCUGGAGGGGUCCCAGCACGGACAAGUUCGUGCUGCUGGUGUCGGGGCUGGGGCUGGGCAGCGGGAGCGGCGAGUCCCUGCUGAGCAUGCAGCUGCUGGUGGACGUGGUGACGGGGCAGCUGGGAGCCGAGGGCGAGCAGAGCUGCGCGGCGCAGAUCUCCCGCAUCAUCCUCGCCGGGAACCUGCUGAGCCAGAACACGCAGAACCGUGACACCAUCAACAAGGCCAAGUACUUGACCAAGAAGACACAGGCUGCCAGCGUGGAGGCUGUGAAGAUGCUGGAUGAGAUACUGCUGCAGCUUUGCACCUCGGUGCCUGUAGAUGUGAUGCCUGGCGAGUUUGACCCCACCAACUACAUGCUGCCCCAGCAGCCGCUGCAUCACUGCAUGUUGCCCCUCGCCAGUGCCUACUCCACGCUUCAGCUGGUUACCAACCCCUACCAGGCCGACGUGGAUGGUGUCAGGUUUCUGGGUACAUCAGGGCAGAAUGUCAGUGACAUCUUCAAAUACAGCAGCAUGGAUGACUACCUGGAGAUCCUGGAGUGCACGUUGAGGGUGGGACACAUCUGCCCCACGGCCCCGGACACCCUAGGCUGCUACCCCUUCUACAAAUCGGACCCUUUCAUCCUCACCGACUGCCCUCAUGUCUAUUUCUGCGGCAACGCUCCCCAUUUCCAGUCCAAGAUGCUCAAAGGAGACAACGGGCAGCAGGUCCUGCUGGUGACAGUGCCCGCCUUCAGCGCCACUCAGACUGCCUGCCUCAUCAACCUGCGCGACCUCAGCUGCCAGCCCAUCAGCUUCUCCGGCUUCGGCACCGAGGACGAUGACGGGGACAUGGAGGUCGGGCACUGACUGAGCGGGUGGGACGCGGACUCAAUAAACCCCUGGCCUCUCUCGCUGCCCCCCGUGGAGGGGCUUGGCACACCCACCUGAGUGUCAGCCUCCCCUGUCCUCGUGGAAGGGUGGCACGGAGCCAGCCAGGCACAGGACUGGCAGCAUUGAGAAGCGAGGCGAUGCUCGUA